ACAUUAAAUACGAUUAAAUAAUACCUUUUGAGGACAUCAUCAAAACUUACAUAUCCCAUAUACCCAAAAUAACAACCCAAAGCAAUGGAGUAUUUCAACAAAGCCAAAGCCGUGAAGCUACGCAGCCACCUCGACAAGUACCUAGUAGUGGAUGACGAAGACCACGACAAACUCCGUCAAAGCAGAAAAGGCUCAACAAGAAAAGCAAUAUGGGAGGUGGAACUAGUACAAGGGAAGACCCAACACGUGAGGUUAAGGAGUUACAACGGGCGUUACUUAACGGCAACGGAGGCGCCGUUUCUCCUUGGCUUUACCGGAAACAAAGUGGUUCAAGCCAAUUUCGACGCGGGUUUGGAUUGGAAAUACGAGUGGGAACCAAUAAAGGAGGGUUUGUACGUGAAAUUGAGAAGCUGGUGUGGCAAGUAUUUGAGAGGCAAUGGUGGGACGUUACCGUGGAGGAACUCCGUCACUCACGAUGACCCUUCUGUCACUCAUAAUUGGAUCUUGUGGAGUGUUGAGCCUGUGGAUUUUCCUUUCGAGAAGAACAGUGUUGCUUCUUCUUUUGCUUCCGAUCAUGAGAUUUCGGCUUCCGAACAACUUGCUUCGCCCUCCUCCGUUUCUUCGUUUCAGACAACAAGUUCGAACAACUUCAGGUCAGGCAUGGACUUGUUCCACCGCGCCAAGGCGGUGCGUCUCCGGAGCCACCACGACAAGUACCUGCACGCGGAGGAAGACGAGGAAUCAGUGACCCAAGACCGAAACGGAUCCUCCAAGAACGCAAAAUGGGUGGUGGAGCUCAUACCCGAAUACGACAACAUCAUAAGACUCAAGAGCUGUUACGGCAAGUACCUAACGGCGUCAAACCAGCCGUUACUGUUGGGCGUGACGGGACGCAAAGUCGUUCAGAGUCUGCCACGUAGGCUUGAUUCUUCCGUGGAGUGGGAGCCUGUGAGGGACGGUGCUCAGGUGAAGCUGAAGACACGUUACGGUAACUUUCUGAGAGCCAAUGGGGGGUUGCCACCUUGGAGGAACUCUGUUACGCACGAUAUCCCGCACAGGACGUCCACACAGGAUUGGAUCCUUUGGGAUGUUGAUGUUCUUGAGAUCCAUGUUGAGUCCCCUGCUCCUCCUCCUGUUCCUCACUCCGAUUCUCUUGAUUUCGAAUCUUCCACUCCUUCUGCUGUUUCCAUCAAAUCUGCUAACUUCUCAAGACAAGAGUCAACGGAUUCCUAUGUGGGUUCACCGCCGAAGAUGGAGGGGAGGACUAUAUACUAUCAUGUUGCUGAGGAAAAUGGAGAUGUGGAUGAUGAGAAUGUGCAGGGUUAUUCUUUGAUUUUCAAAGGUAAUGGAGUUGAGGACUUGACUAGGAAGUUUGAGGAAGAGACGGGGCUUGAGGGAGUUAUUGUGUGUUCUCGAAGUCCUUUGAAUGGAAAACUCUAUCCUCUUCGUUUGCAGCUUCCUCCCAACAAUGUUACCAUGCAGGUUGUUUUGGUUCUUCCCUCGUCCAAAGUGGCAAGAGACUUUGAGGAGCAAGGUCUACUGUGACAAGCUAGAUUAUUGGAGUCAUGAAUCUGUUGAAAUGCAAAGCGUGAUUCAAAUUCUAUGUGAUAACAGUUAAGAAUAUGUUGCAAAACUCCACCUUUUUCAAGUGAGUCCAUUGCAUUUAUAAAGAAAAAUUCAACAAGGUCCAGUGGAGGUACCUUAAAAUUUCCCUGUUAAGGGUCAUAUCAGCAAUAUGAGGUCUAUUAAGUGGUGUCCAAUGGUUUUCUGAUGAAGAUGGAAAUCUUUGUUGGGCUUCCUGUUUAUUAACGUUAGGUUUAAUAAUGGCCUAUUUAUGUGGACUCAGGUAUUUUGUUGUUUCCCUCUCUUUUUUGUAAUUCUAUUUUACAUUUUUUAAGGUGUAUCCCCUGUAUAGACAACUCUUAUCAGAAAAUUAGAGGCUCAUUUUUCUUAAUC